CAAUGCUGCCUCUUGUCCCAUGGCGCCAUCUUGUGUCUGACCUGAGAAGUACCCUCUGGGGGAGGAGCCCUCCUUUUUUUUUUUAGGAAGUGUCCUUGUUGGUGGUCCAAUAAUCCUCCUCCUCUUCAUCUCAGAUGCAUUAGUUUGACACACGGAUCCAGAAUGGACGCCAGGAGACACCACCAGCACACGGACGCGGUCAAGCUGUCGGUCCGUCCGUCCAGAGGCCUGGUGGACGAGAAGUUCGUCAUCCUGGUCCAGAACGCGCCCCCCGGCGUCCAGCUCACCGUCCACGCCUUCCACCGCAGCGAGGACGGACACGGCUGGGAGGCGUUCGCUCACUACGUGUCCGACGCCGGCGGCUCCGUGGACGUUUCCAAGGAUGUGAGCCUGGGGGGAACGUACUCGGGACUGGAGCCCAUGGGUCUCCUGUGGAGCCUCAGACCGGUUCCGGGCAGCCGACCUGGACUCAGGAUGCGGAAAAUGAAGGUGGAGAUCCCCAUGGAGGUGACCAUCUCCGUGCGGCGGGGUCACGGCACUCAGGGCUUCCUGGACCAGGUGGCGCUGGCCUCCCAGGCGGUGGAGCGCUGGUACAUGGCGCCCGGCGUCCGCCGGAUCCCCGUCACGACGGACGGACUGUCUGCGACCCUCUUCCUGCCCUCAGGACCCGGACCUUUCCCCGGAGUCUUGGACCUGUGGGGGGGCGGAGGAGGUCUCGUGGAGUACCGUUCCGCGUUGCUCGCCUCCCACGGCUUCGCCUCCAUGGCCCUCAACUACCUGAGCCCCAGGGUCAGCCAGGAGACGGGCAAGAUGGUGGACGACUCCUACUUCCAGGCGGCGCUGAGAGUCCUGCAGGAACAUCCCCAGGUGCUUGGCAGCAGGGUGGCCCUGGUGGGCCUCUGCCUGGGCAGUGGCGUCUGCCUGAAAAUCGCCGUCCAAGCCUCAAGCGUGAAGCCCCGGUGUUUGGUGUGCGUCAGCGGGACUCACGUCAUGCCGCCCACAGGAACCUUUGAUUACUGGAACAACGCAAAAUGUCGCUACAACGAACACAAAGAGGUGAUAUCUCGUGACGUCUUGCUGCCGCUUCCCACUGACCCCGCCCUCAAGGUGGACGUAGGACGCCUGCAGUGCCCCCUGCUGCUGAUUGUUGGUCAGGACGACCAGAACCUUGCCAGCCUGGAGUCUGCUGCUGAUAUGAAGGCCAUGAUGGAGCGGGCGGGCAACAGUCACAUGCUGACGCUGGUGUCCUACCCGCACGCCGGUCACCUGAUCGAGCCCCCGUACUCGCCGCACAUCAGAGCCAGCUUCUUCCGCUCGGCCUUCGCGGGACACGAGCGCCCCUUCACCUUCCUGGCGCUGUGGGGCGGGCAGACGGCGUGGCACAGUCGCGCUCAGGAGGACGCCUGGAAGAAGACGCUGGACUUCCUGUUUGAGCAUCUGUACCGCAGCGGGGCCCCGCCCAGGUCGCACCUCUGAGUGGCGUUCGGACGUUUACGUCCUUUCUGCCCUUCGUGCACAGGCGGCCUCUCACCAGCAGGGGGUGUCGUUUAUAUCCUCCACAACAAUCUUAGUAGGGUCAUUUCCUGUAGACUCCGUCAAUCAAACGUCGGCUUUAUUGGGAACAUAACAAUAACAACAUGAAUAUGGUGUGUGCCCAAGUCCAAUUGAAGUGCUAACCUUAGCAUUAGCAAUACAUCAAAAAGCUGGCAUGCUAACAUUAGCAUCCUAACAGUUAGCACGUGUCAUGUACCAAUGUAUAUGACGCUGAGGCGUACGCAUGCAAAAUUAACUAAAAAAGCUGGCAUGCUAACAUUAGCAUGCUAACAGUUAGCAAGUGUCACUUACCAAGGUAUGUGACUCUGUGGUGUACGGCGGCAAAAUUGACCAAAAAAAAAGUUAGCAUGCUAACAGUUAGCACAUGUCACAUACCAAGUUAUGUGACUCUGUGGUGUACGGCGGCAAAAUUGACCCAAAAAAAAGUUAGCAUGCUAGCAGUUAGCAUAUGCCACAUACCAAGUUUUGUUGAUUCUGGUGAACGGCGGCAAAAUUGACAAAAAAAAAAAGUAGCAUGCCAACAGUUAGCAUAUGUCACAUACCAAGUUAUGUGACUUUGUUGUGUAUAGCGGCAAAAUUGACAAAAAAAAACGUUAGCAUGCUAACAGUUAGCAUAUGCCACAUACAAAGUUAUAUGACUCUGGUGAACGGUGGCAAAAUUGAACAAAAAAAGUUAGCAUGCUAACAGUUAGCAUAUGUCACAUAGCAAGUUAUGUGACUCUGGUGUACAGCGGCAAAAAUGACCAAAAAAAGUUAGCAUGCUAACAGCUAGCAUAUGCCACAAACAAAGUUAUGUGACUCUGUGGUGUAUGGCGGCAAAAUUUGCUUAAAAAAGUUAGCAUAUUAAUGUUAUGUUAGCAUCCUUACAGUUAGUACAUGACAUGUACCAAUUUAUAUGACGCUGAGGCGUACGCAUGCAAAAUUAACUAAAAAAGCUGGCAUGCUAACAUUGGCAUGCUAACAGUUAGCAAGUGUCACUUACCAAGUUAUUUGACUCUGUGGUAUACGGCGGCAAAAUUGACCAAAAAAAGUUAGCAUGCUAGCAGUUAGCAUAUGACACAUACCAAGUUAUGUGUCUCUGUGGUGUACGGCGGCAAAAUUGACAAAAAAAAAAAAGCUAGCAUGCCUGCACUUAGCAUAUGCCACAUACCAA